AUGUUCAGAAACUUGAUUAGCACCAGCAUCACCAAGCCCCUCUCGGCUCAAAAGUCUUCUGCUAGAACCUUCACUAGCGCUGCUGUCCUCCGCCAGGCUGCUGCUUCCAACUAUCAGCAUAUCUUGACCGAGACCCGCGGUAAGGUCGGUUUGGUCACGUUGAACCGCCCUAAGGCUUUGAACGCGUUGUGCAACGACUUGUUCGUUGAGGUCAACGAAGCCAUGAAGAACUUUGAUGAGGAUGCCAACAUUGGUGCCAUCGUCCUUACGGGUUCUGAGAAGGCUUUCGCAGCUGGUGCCGAUAUUAAGGAAAUGAAGGACAACACUUUUGUUGACACCUACAAGAAGGACUUUUUGGGUCACUGGGCUAAGAUCUCGGAAGUCAAGAAGCCCAUCAUUGCUGCUGUCAACGGCUAUGCUCUCGGUGGCGGUUGUGAAUUGGCCAUGAGCUGUGAUAUCAUCUACGCUGGUGAGAAGGCCGUCUUUGGUCAACCCGAAAUCAACUUGGGUAUCAUUCCUGGUGCCGGUGGUACCCAGCGUCUCGUCAAGGCUGUUGGCAAGUCCAGAGCCAUGGAGAUGGUCUUGUCCGGUGGUGCCAACUUGACUGCCACUGAAGCCCAGACUCUUGGUUUGGUCAGCAAAGUCGUCCCUGCUGACCAGCUCGUCGAUGAAGCCAUCAAGACUGCCGGAAAGAUUGCCAGCAAGAGCCAGGCUUCCGUCCAGAUGGGCAAGGAACUUGUCAACAAGUCAUACGAGGUCCCUCUUUCUGCCGGUUUGCGAUGGGAGCGUGCCUACUUCCAGGCUUUGUUCGGCACUGCCGACCAAAAGGAAGGCAUGGGUGCUUUUGCUGAAAAGAGAAACCCUAACUUCACCAACAACUAA